UUUUACCCCUAAAAACAAUUCCGAUUUGGACUAGAAGACAGCCGGAGUUCUUAUCCGAUACAAGGCCACGUACAUUGUCCAGUAAUCGAUCACACUGAUCGUUUGAUUAUAAAAGCAAGGAACCUACCCGACCGAACUAUAGGAAUAGGAUUGACAACCCUAAUCCCCUGGGUUGACAGACGCACAGACACACACACAAGACAAUAAACUGUUCGCUGCUGUAUAGCCGGCUGCAAAUCAUCCGGGCACAAUGUGAGCAGCCUGGAGUGGGGGAGGGGCAAUGUUUGAUAACCAUACCUGCCUGAGGCAGCGGGCGACCGCAGAACCGCACACCCACCCCAGGCGCCGGUCACCGAAGAAGCCAUAGGAGGCCGACCGACGCGCCGGGCUGUCACAACAGAUCAGCUCCGCACCGGCGGACAGCGCACGGGUCAGGGACCGGCGUCGGAGCACAGCUCAAGCGGGUCCAUCAGCACCGUAGAAAGCCAGACGGUGUCUUCCAGAAAUCGCUUGCUCCAGGAUGGGAGAGCGGACACGACUGCGACUGGUGUUUUUGCCGUCCGUGGCCCGCGAUGGUGCCGGCGAGCGUGCUACGGCUAGUCCCCAGGAGCGCCACCUCAGCGCCGGCUGGAGAGAGGAGCUCUCCGGGUCGCUGGAGCCCGCCACGCCCACCACGCCCAAGGAGACCACGGCACCCUGGAAUGGUUCAGGUGAAUAUCCCCGUCCGAGAGGACUGAGCAGCGCCCCGUACAAACUGCUCGUGCUGGGGGACGCGGGCGUGGGAAAGUCUGCUAUCGUGACCCGGUACGUUGCUGACAAAUACCAGCCGGACCGCGAGGCCACGGUCGGAGUACGAACAUCGACCAAGACCGGGGUGCAGCUGGAGGAAGGCGUCUUCAACGUCCAGAUCACAGAGCUUAGCGCCGAGAGAUCGUUCCAGGGGCUGGCGGAUGCGUUUUACAAGGAUGCUCACGGCUGUGUGGUGGUGUUUGACCUGGGGCAGCGACGCUCGCUGCGCGGCGCUCUCCGCUGGAAGCGUCACAUCGACCGUCUGUGCAGCCUGCCGGACGAGCAGCGUUUCCCGAGCCUCUUGCUCGCUAACAAGUGUGACGUCACUGGAGGCCGUGACGUCACCCAGUGGGAGGUGGAGGACGUGGUCAAACAGGCCGAUUUCCUCACCUGGAUCGAGGUCUCGGCCAAGUACAACUUCAUGGUGAAUGAAGCCAUCGGGUACCUGCUGCGGGUCGUGCUGUCGCGAGCAGGUCCGCCUGGCGUCGACAGCUCCGUGCACCUUACAGACCCGGAUGAUGAGCCGCCACCAUCGCGCUCCUGCUGCGGGGCUGGCGCAGGGUCACAAACAAGGUCGAGGUCAAACGAGAGCCUGCAGGCGUCACGAGACUCGUCAGAUCAACGCAAGGAGCUUUAAUGUCCUUUCUCAAGCGCCUAGGCCGACGGUCUUGGCUCCUGGACGCUCAGGAGCGAAGCCAGAAAAAAAGUUACGAAAAAUACGCGUGCAUCGUGAGGGUGCAAUGCAUUACCAAACUCAAGGCUACCUCUGUCCUGUAGCUAAGAGGAAUGUGCGGCCAUGUCAAUUGUCAUGGUGGAACUCAGUAUUGUGCAAAUUGAAACUGUCACAUGAGCUGUGUGUAUUGCGAUUUGCGAUUAAUUGUUGUCAUUCUUCAAUAUUCUGAUUCUGUCUGUUUACUUUAUUCAGAAUUAAAGUAAUCAUCGAUUAAUCAUAAACUAACGAAAGAACGUUUCUGUGAUUCAAGUCCAUCUGUAUUCUCUCUUUUUUAGCCCGACAUGCUCUGCAAGACCAUUUUAAACAGGGCGAGCUGUCUCACGUGACAGACACCCGAAUAGCACAUCUGCUGCGUGAUUCGCAACAAUUAAUUGCAAAGGAGUCUAAACGCCUGAUUCAACAUGCCUCUGCAAAUAAUGAAGGGAAGUGCAAACACAAACAUAAAUAAAUACCUACCUAAACGAU